GUUUAUUGCUCUGAAUGUUUGGCAGCAGCAUUCAGACUACCGCUCAGACAGAGAAGCGGUCCUGUUACCAUCAGCUGUCCAGUUGGGACGCGUUUAACCUGGAUUAUCCCCGCGCAGCGUCAGUUGCUUCACAGCGAAUCUUUAGAUCAUGCGAGUUCGGACUUGAGCGAAUCAGAAAAUCGUCUCGUUUCUUCUCCGCGUUCAUUUAGGAGGAGGACAGUUUAAUUUUAAGGCACGACGUAAAUGCCAGCAGCAAUGAACAAGAACGGGAUGGUGACCGAAAUCCACACCAGGAUCAGGAAAGAGCCGUUCACGGCCAACUACGAGCUGGUGGGGAGAGAGCUGGGCAGGGGAAAGUUUGCAGUGGUGAAGAAGUGCGUAGAGAAGGCGACGGGAAAGCAGUUUGCUGCCAAGUUCCUGCGAAAGCGACGGAAGGGAGCGGACUGCCGCGUGGACAUUCUGAACGAGAUAGCUGUGCUGGAGUCGGCCAAGGAAAGCCCGUAUGUGGUGGGGCUGCACGAAGUCUACGAAACCAACUCUGAAAUCGUCCUCGUCCUGGAGUGUGCUGCUGGUGGCGAAAUUUUCAACCAGUGCGUGGCCGAUAACGACGAGGCUUUCACAGAGAAGGAUGUUGUACGACUGGCCAAGCAGAUCCUAACCGGAGUGGCCUUCCUGCACCAAAACAACGUGGUCCAUCUGGAUCUGAAACCCCAGAACAUCUUAUUGACCAGCGUCCGCCCGCUCGGUGACAUCCGUAUUGUGGACUUUGGCUUGUCCAGACGCAUGGACAGCGUCACUGAGGUCAGGGAGAUCCUGGGUACACCAGAGUACGUGGCACCGGAGAUCCUGAACUAUGAACCCAUCAGCACUGCUACAGACAUGUGGAGCAUCGGAGUCCUGAUCUACGUCAUGCUGACAGGCGAGUCCCCCUUUCUGGGUGAUGAUAAGCAGGAGACGUUUCUCAACAUCUCCCAGGUCAACGUGGACUACUCACAGGAAACGUUCGAGGAAGUCUCCUCCCUGGCUGUUGACUUUAUCAAGUCCUUGUUGGUGAAAAACCCCAGGAAGAGAGCCACAGCAGAAGAAUGCCUCAAUCACCCCUGGCUGAACUCGCAUCCCCACUCCCACCCGCACCUCCACACGAGAGCAGCCUCCUCGCUGGACGAGCCCGAGACGAGCCAGUCCGAGUCGGAGCCUGAGAGCCCCGCUUCCUCCCCCGAGCUGGGACUGAUCGGGUCCUACCUGAUGUGUCCGGGGAAGGGCGAGCUGAAGGCGGGCCGCGACACCUUCUCAUUCAGCGAGCCCCCGUUCCCCACGAGAACUGAGAUACAGCAAGAGCUGAUCUGCUGACCAGCAUUUGAAAGAGUGGGGGAACUGAGACUGAGCGGAGCAGACGCCAGUGAGCCUGCAGCUCCGUGGUCUCGUCCUGGACCAGAACCUUGCUCUGUGGCUGCUUUCUGCCUGGCUGCCUUUACUGCUGUGAUGUCUGUGUGCUUGAACGAUAAUACCUUCUCUGUGCCGUGCUGCUUUGAGUAAUCGCACAUGAGGAGUAUGAGGGAUGAAGUCAAACGAAUGGGAGACGAUACAUGAGGAUUUGGCCGCACGACUGCACUGCCGGGACAGAAGUGAACUUCACUCUGUCUACUUCCCUCCUACACUGGUCUCUUAUUUUUCUUCUAACAAGCCUGUUGGCUGGUCUCUGUUCCUUAAGAGUGACCCAGCUCAUCAUAACACCUUAAAUAUCGGCUCACUCACACGUGCAUUUGUAAUCGUUUCCAUUUGAGACGAUGGAUGGGCAUCAAAGUUGGUUCUGUGUUAAAGGGGCAGCAGCUAAGCUGAGGCCAGAAAUGAAAUGUCACUGUUUUAGUGUUUAUUUAUGUGUCAUACCACAUCUGCCACUCAAAGUCACAAAGGCCUUCGUUUAAGUGCGAUGUAGUAGCAUUCUUGUUUUAAAGGACGAUCUUGAGCACUUUUUGAUUUAGUUUUUGGACGUCUGCAUUUGAAACUAAAGGUUUAUGAAGCAAAGUACUGUAAAUAAAUGUCCAUGUAUGUAAGUAUGCUAAUGUGCUACGUUUUCAACCUCACCUUUGUUUAAUAUUGGCCUUGGCCUCUUUUUUUUUCACUUGUUUGUUGUUGGCUAUUGCACAAGUUGCACAGAAUAUUUUGUACUUAACAGCCUCUAGGUUUCAUGCUCUCCAGAUAUUGCAGCAUCCACGGUGAGAGGAGGGAGCCGUGAGGGGUGGAAGCAACAGUCCAGUUUGGUUACGCGAUGUAAUGAAAUGACAAGAGAGUGACGCGGUCAACUGGUGGCUCAUGUUCAUGCAAAUGUGUUGCCUUCAGAUUCUCGGGAGCAGAGAAACAUGAAUGGAUUUCUCAAAAAUAAGUUAUGACAUGUUUAUUGUGAGUUAGAGUUGAGAUGAAUCUGUAAAGAUGGCUUUUUUUAACCAGUGGAACAAUGUUUGAAUCAAUCCAUGUCUUUUUGUAUGUUAACUCUUACUUGUUCCUGUUGGAUUUCAGGAAGGUUUGCACUUGUCCCUGUGGACAUCAUGUUAAAAAUAAAGAAAUGUUUGUUCAUGGAAUGCAUUGCAAGUUGAAACUAAGAAAAUAUAGAAGUGCUUUUGUAUCAAA